GGCUCGGGGUACAGCGGGGCCCCGCAGCUGCUUCCGGGGGCUUCCUCGCGGCUGCAGCUGGGGGUGUCUCCCCGCGAGGCUGUCUCUUUGUCUUGGUACAUGCAGCGGGCGGGCAGCAGCCUGACUCCGACGUCUCGCAUUUCCGCAGCUUCGCUGUUUGCUGGGGUGCCGCUGGGGUCCCUGGGGCCCCUUGGGCCCCAGGGGGGCCCCCACGCACACCUGCUGCGGCGGGGAAGUGCAGCAGGACGAGCCUGGACUGGAGAGGGAGACCCCACCCCCCCGCCCCCUGCUGCUGCCACCUGUGCCCCUGCAGACAGCUACGAUGCAGCGUCGUUUUACUGGGGAGAAAGGGGGGGCCUGGUCUCGCUGCAGCAGCGGCAAAACUCGCUGGCCCAGGACUUGCUGGAGCACGCGGUGCUGCGGCAGCUGGCAGACUUGCUCCCGCUUUACGCGCUGCACACUUCCCCUGCGGUGGACAUACACCCCACGCUGCGUGUCUACGAGGCCACUCUUUCUCGCCUCAAGCCCAAGACCAUUGCAGGGGUUUUGGGGCAGAGGCUGAGGCCGCUGCCGGGGGGCUCUUCUUCCAUGUCUCUGCUCUCGGGCCAGCAGCCAGCAGCAGCAGCAGCAGCAGACGAUACAACAGCAGUCGCAAGUCCAACUGCUGCUGCUGCCGACUCGGCCCUCGCUGACAUUUCAAAGGAGGCUUCUGAGGGGGACACCCCAGGGAGGCACUCCGAGGGCGAGCUGAGGGGCCCGCCGGCCGCAGCAGCAGACGACACCCCCUCAGCUGCAGCAGCAGCAGCAGUAGCAGCACAGCACGAUCCGCUGCACCCAGAUGCUGCUGCUGUGGACGCGGAUGCUGCUACGGCAACUCCGACAAGACCACACACAGCAGACGAAGACCCCGGCGCGGACUCAAGCCCUAUACAAACAGAGCGCCCGUCGACAGACUCAUCACCCGCAGGCGGCACUCCGCUGCCAGAGUCCGACAGUGCAGCAGCAGCAGCAGCAGCAGCUGAUGCUGCUGCUGCUGCGAGCGACCCAGAUGGACGCGAGACCGAGUCCGACUCCCCUCACCAGGAAGCGUCAGCAGUGACGUCAGUUUUGUCGAACGCAGAACGCAUUCGAGCGGCAGGGGCAGCAGCAGCAGGAGCAGCAGCAGCACCAGCUGCUGCUUGCGGGCUCGGAGGACGAGGCUGUCUCGCUGACACCCCCAAGCCCCACAAGGCGGCUGCGCUCCCGCGCUGUUUCCCUCAUGCAGACCUGCAGCGCCAGGGGCUGCAUCCCCUCUUUGUCUCUUGCCCUUGGGGAGACUGUGGAGAUUGA